UAGACCUUAUAAAAUCUUAGAAGUGGUUGGGCCAAGUAUGCACCAAGAAGAGCUCGCACAUACAUUUUUUAAUGAAACGUCUUCGAAAAAACAAACAGUCUGCAGAUGGUAAUGACUGCGUGUGAUCUGCGCGGCGCAAACAGAAAAGCCUGCGUAGAUCUUUUUUAUAAAAACAAACACCAGCAAUUUAACACCCUUUAAUUAUACAGGAUAUGGAAAAGAAAGGAAUCAUGUUAACCGUUGGUUUUUUACCUGGGAUGAAAGUAAAACAAAUCUCACUUCUACAGAAAGAAAUCCUCUCUUUCAACCAGCAAGCUUUCAGGAUUGACAAAUUCUUAAAAGACAUUAGAAAGUUCUCGACUUCUAUAUCAGGGUGUCGGUCUCCUGCUGCCAUAAUGAUUUUUAGUAGAAAUCCAGAAGGCCUGAUUGCUGUUAUGAGAAAAGUCGAUCAUGCCAUGUCACCUGAAACUGUCAUUGUGGGCGCUUAUGGUUGUGGGUUCCAACAUACCGAUGGAUAUUUAGGAAAUAAAAUCUCUACCGAAAAACAUGUUACGGCUUAUGCGUUGGUAUUUGCUACGGAGAAUAACAAAGGGCAUGGUAUUGGAGAAAUUAAAUUCCAUGCUGUAUUAUCAAGUGGGUUGCAACCUUUCGGCCCUGUGUAUGCAGCAUCUGUUAAAAAGAGGUAUAGUUUUUAUACUGGGCUCACUGCAAGAAUAGAAGGGUCGCGUGAGAAUCUUAGUGGUGGAACACUUUUGAGUCAAGCUUAUGUGGAACUAGGAGGCGGUCCUCGUCAUUUGUACAUUGGGGUAACGAAAAGAAGAAAAUUCUCCAUUGGGCGGGAAAAAGUUCGAUGGAUAACUUCUGUUGCAUUCCAUGAAGUUGAAAAGAUUAACUAUGGGUGGCUUAUUGUUAAUGAUACGGAUAUGGACAUUAGAACAGGGGAUACCUUUCGGUUUUACUGUCACGAUCCUACCACUGGUAAUAUCUCUAAUCACCUGAGAUCUUUCAAGCAAGGAAGUACCACUCACAGUGAUGAGUGGGAGGUGUUCGGCGGUCUUAUUUUCACCUCUUUUGGUCGGGGUAAGUCAUUCGACAAUUCACUAUUUAUGGACAACUUCCCUGGCGUGACACGUGGUUGUACAUUUUAUGGUCGCGUAUUUGGACGUGGCGAUUUAACCCCAUGUGUUGACAACUCACCAUUUUUGGAUAACUUCCCUCGUUUGACUUGUGGCGGGACAUUUUGUGGUUGGUUAUUUGGGUGUGGUGAGAAAACUUCGUAUCUUAGCAAAUCUCAAGAACGAAAAUGGGUGCGUCAUUGCGUGCAUGAAUACGAGGCUCUCUAUUUAAUCAUGUCUUACAUUCCAUAAAAUCGGAAUUAGGGUCGUCUUUCUCUAUUUACUUAUAGAGUUUCAAACAUUAUUCGAGUUUGUGUGUUUAUAU